ACAUUUGGAAGUUCAAUGACCACAAUUAAUGGUAGUCAAGCGAAUUCUACAGUAGAUGACCAGCAUUCCAACAACAAUGAUGUUCCAGGUAGCGGGGGCUUUAUUACAAAAGUUACAGCAGAUGUCAUUCGAUCGGCGAUAAAUUGUUAUUUACUCCCACCAGUAGUCCUGUUCGGAUGGAUUGGUAACGUAUUGAGCUUGAUUAUUCUUGGUGGCAAGAAAAUGCGACAGUACAGUACCAACAUUGUUCUUGCUUAUCUGGCCUUUAUAGAUACAUUGUUACUGUUAAUUGCAUUUAUGAGAAAGAUGCCGUGUCUUGUAGGUAAAGCCGAUCCACUCACAGCCCAAACCAUUGAUUAUGUAAUGCUUACUGCACCGUUGAUAUUGGAACUCAUAGCCAGUCGUACAUCUAGUUUGUUAUCGUUGGUUAUAUGCUGUGAAAGAUUUAUUGCCGUUUUCAAGCCUCUGAAAGUCAAACUUUGGGUAACCCCUAAACGGAUGAUAUUUUCUGUAUUUUGA